AUGGUCGUCGCUCAGCGUUUGCAAAAGCAUUCGCACGCCGUGUGGACGGAUUUUUCCUCAUCCCAGCCGCAAGCGAUUGCUAUUGUCUUGGGCCACUUGGGCGUUUCUGAUCACACCUUGCACCGAUACGCUAAGUGGUAUGUCAACCGGAGUUCCUCCGUUGUUGCCGCUUCCUCGCCACCGCACAUUUUUGCGCGGAACGGCAGUUUGCGAGACACAACGGAACAAAUUCUGGCACAGACUGUAAGGGCGCUACAUCAAGCCGAGUCAAAUUCUCAAGCGCCAAGGAAUCUACCGCCAAUUGUUGUGCACUUGUUCAGCAAUGGUGGCGCUUUUUUGUUGCAAGACUUCGAGAAGCUCUUGUUGGAAAAGUCCAACAGCGACUCCGAACGGGCCACCCGGAAACGAGUUCGCCAACAACUAGCGCUGGGAUAUCAAAUAUUCGAUUCUUGUCCCUGUUAUCUGCGAGUAUGGGGCGAUAAUAUGUACUGGAAGGAUUCCUUUCCUCACCCACAGCUGUCGCGGUGGGUACGAAUGAUCUACGCUCGAAUGUCCAUGGCAUUUUUGAGCACCUGGUUUCGGAUCACGACGAGUUUUCCUAUCCGAACCCUCCCUGCGGCUUUUUGGAGCGCCAUGAAGACUAGCCGAGCCUGUCCCUAUGCAAUUUACGUAUACUCGACACGUGAUUUGUUGUCUGACGCAAGUGCUGUCGAUCGACUGAUUCAGUAUCGGCGACAACAAAGUGGAGGAAAGAUUCUUUGUGACGUACAUCGCUACGAUGAUUCCAAUCAUUGCCGCAUCGACAAGGAUCACCCUAAAGAAUAUGGACAAAUGAUUGAUAAAGCGUUGGAAGCAGCGGUUCAACGAGCCACCUGUAGUCAACUUGAUCACGGAUAA